GAGAAAGGAAGAUGGUAACCUUUUCAAGCAUUCUCAUUAUUUACCUUCUGACCUCCUUCUGCAGCGCAGAAAAACCAGUGUUCCUGUCUAAUAAAUCUGCAAGCAGCAUUCUGGUGAGACAAAGGAGGUACAACUCAGGCCGUCUGGAAGAGUGGGUGGCUGGCAACCUUGAACGGGAAUGUCUAGAAGAAAAGUGCAACUAUGAGGAAGCAAGAGAAGUUUUUGAAAAUGAUGAUAAAACUAAAGAAUUCUGGAAGCAAUAUAUAGAUGGAGAUCAAUGUUUAUCAAAACCCUGUUUAAACGGAGGUGCUUGCAAAGAUGAUGUUAGUGCUUAUGUGUGCUGGUGUCAGCAAGGAUACAGCGGAAAGAACUGCGAGCUAGCGCUGCCUGUCAUUUGUUCAAUUAUGAAUGGAGGAUGUGACCACCUGUGCAGGAAGGAUCCAGUUAAGAAAGUGAUCUGCUCUUGUGCCAGUGGAUACAAACUAGCAGAAAAUGGCAAGACCUGUGAGGCUGCUGUGCCAUAUCCAUGUGGAGAAGUUAGUGCACCUGAAGCUCUGCCCAAGCAAGAGACCCGCUCAUUACUGGAUUUUAUAGAGCUCAAUGAAACCAGCACUGCUCAUCCUGAUACCACAGAAAAAAUCAAGGAAGUCAUUGUACCUGUAACUGCUGAUCCAAAAGUCAGAAUUGUUGGUGGGACUGACAGUCUGAAGGGUGAAUUCCCUUGGCAGGUUCACUUGGUCAGUAAAAAUAAUCUUGGGUUCUGCGGUGGAUCAAUUAUAAAUGAGAAGUGGAUUGUGACUGCGGCCCAUUGUUUACUCGAGGGUGGUGAAUUCAAAGUAGUAGCAGGUGAACAUAAUACAGAUAUUUCAGAGGGAACUGAACAAUACCGCAAAGUAGCAAAAGCGAUCCUUUAUCCCACAUACAACGCCACAAUGAGCAGAUACAACGACGACAUUGCACUCCUAGAGCUGGAAACGCCACUGGAGCUGAAUGACUAUGUGAGGCCUGUUUGUAUUGGGAGCAUGGAUUUCACGGAGAAAUUGCUAAAAAGUAAUGCUUUUAGUAUGGUGUCUGGGUGGGGAGAUGUUAGGUAUAAUGGGAGGCCAGCUAUUAUUCUCCAGAAGUUGGCUGUGCCCUUCAUUAACCGGGCUGCAUGCAAGAGAUCAAGCCGAUUUUCUGUCUAUGCCAACAUGUUCUGUGCUGGAUAUUCAGAAGGGGGUAAAGAUACAUGUCAGGGGGAUAGUGGUGGACCCCAUGUCACACAAUAUAAAAACCUCUGGUUCCUAACUGGAAUAACCAGCUGGGGAGAAAAGUGCGCAGAAAAAGAGAAAUACGGUGUUUACACCAAGGUUUCCAGAUUCACCGACUGGAUACGAACUACAACAAAGAACGAUUAGUAACGUUUUCUGUUAUUCUUAUUUUUCACUAAGCCAAAUAAAGAUUGCUUGCCCUCAAAUCACAGCGAAUAAAUUCCCACCUGGAAUGUCUGUAAAUGCCAAAAAAUAAACAAAAUGAAUUCUUGAGGCCAACGAAGAGGGUUUAUUAAAUGAAUCAGCCGAAAACCAAUCUCCUGUUUUGUUCAAGUGGAUCAUUCAUUUGAGCCAAGGGGAGGUUUAUCAUGGGUGAAAUGUGUAUAGCAUGUGAAUAUUGAUAAUAUUGACAUAAUACAGCUAUAUUACUCCCAAAACAUUAUGGGGCAAAUUUACUAAAGGACGAAGUGACUAACACUGGUGAAAAUUCGCCAGCGUGGCGUCAUUUCGGAACUUUGGGAGGAAGGAGAUAGACUCUAGUGGUACUUCGCUCACUAACGCCAGGAAAAUUUGCGCUCUGGCAAAAGGACGUAACUACGCAAAUUCACUAAGAUGCGGAUUUUACUGAACGUUACCGCUUGCGCCAGACUUGCCUUCGCCACCUCAGACCAGGCCAAGUAUACACUAGAUAGGAGUUCCAAAAAAAUAGUUGAAAAUUUUUCUAACUCCCAAAAAACACUGGCGUCUUUUCCUUUUUCAGGGUGAUAGGCUGAAAAAGUGUUAAAUUUUUUUGGGGUACCCGGCUUCCCCCCUACAUUUCCUAACAUAUGGCACCUAAACUAUACACUGGGCUCAUAUGUCGGGCAAUAUAACAACUUUAUUUUAUUUUAUUAAGGUUUCCCGGGCUUGUGUAGUUUAAUGUAUUUGCUGCAACAUAUACAGGGUACGUCCAUUCAACUUUAAUUUCCUGCCGUAUGCAAAUUAGCCAACGCUAGCGCAACUUUGCCAGCAUUCGGCGCCCUGGACAAACUUCAGAUUUUAGUGAAUAAGCGUUGUCCUGUUGAAUCUACGCCUGGCGAAGUGUUGCGCUGUGAGCGAAGCCUUCGCUGGUGAAUUUUCGGAGUUUAGUGAAUUUGCCCCUACUUAAUAUUUUUCUUAGUCAAACCCCUGCCUGACCCAAAUCUGAAAUGAAUGUUGUAUAUUGCAAACUGCACUGUGCAGAGAAAGGGAGGGAGAACUUGACAUGUGAUUGCACUUAUUACAAAUACAAUACAUUUGAUGAAAUUAGCAAAGCACAAGGUCUAGAGAAAGUAGGGGUGGGCCAUGAAUAGUGUAGCACCAGGUUCCACACGAUUUCUAUGGAUAUGAUCUUGCCAGCGGUUCCUCUGGUUUCCCCCCAAUAUCCUCAGAUUUUCCUCAUAGCCAAGACAGACAUCAGGGAGACACAGUAAGCUCUGAUAUAGUGGCCCUGGCAGAUGGCAGAGAACCUCCCAAUUGUCCCGUUAUUUGCAGGACAGUCCUGAUUUUGACAGCUCAGCCUGCAGUCUUGAAUUUUUAUUAAAAAGUACAAAGUUUCUCUUUGAUCUCCUUUGAAAGAAAAGUAACACCAAACAAUGAAAGUAAUGAAAAUAUCAUGUAGCGUUGCCCUGCACUGUUCUGAUUUUUAAAGAAUUCUGUUUUACAGUAUAAGGGUUUAUUUAUGACUGCAAGCACAGCGAGCAAAAUGCAAUUUCCUGCACAAUCACCAUCUUUCUUGUCCUAUAAUGCAGGGUUUUCCCUCAGAAUUCCAGUGUCCUUGAGGACAUUGCACCUGACACAAUUGCAGCCGAUGCAUCAAAAUGAAUGCAGUUGAGCUCGCAAUUUGCCAUAAAUUGGACGCAAUUGCACUAAACGUUUUUCAAGUCCAGUUGGCACCAUUUCCAGUGCUCUGUUCAGGAGUGACACAUAGUCCCAGUUGUUUCGAUGCAAGUGCCCUGCGACUAAUCAUCAAUAAGGUGCUGGUAUUUCCUGGUCCCCCUGGGUCAAGAGAUGCAACUGCUUUUAAUUUAAAAUAGAGGCAGGAAGGACUGAGCAAUGCCAUUUGCAACUAAACAGACAAUCACAUAUUAAUGAAAUGUUAGAAGGCUUUCCUGCUGUUGCUAACAAUUCCUUAUGAGAAGUAUAUAGCCUUUUUCAAUAUGAGUUCAAUAAAUAGAGUUUGAGCUCAACAUGUUACUUUGCCAGCUGUUUAGAUAAGAAAUAUUUCUUGCGCCAAACAAGAAAUUGAAACCACUUUCACUUUCUAACUUCCUAUAUGAAAUAAAUGACAUCCUGUUUCUUCUAAGCUUAUACAAGAAUACAGUGCAUAGAUAAUCCCUCUCUAUUAUGAGCUGCUCCUUAUUACAUGGCUGUAGUUUAGUAAAGGGAGGGGUUUGCUUAUGCAGAACUCCUAAUCUCCCUUUGAACAAAUCACCAUAUUUAUAGGGGGAGAGUACAGUUAUGAAUGGAAAAAAACAAGAAAAUAUUUAAUAGCAAUCGAAGCAUAAUCUGUCUGUCCUUUGCUAUUCUCUGCACUGCUGAUUCUGACUACCUAUAAGAUUAAUACAAUGCUCUAGUCAGUGGCGUAACUACCGGGGGUGCAGGGGGUGCAAUUGGGCCAGGGCCCGCACCCCCGCAGGGCCCCCCGGCAGUCACGCACCCACUGCACUGGCUGCAGCGCCGCUCGGAAGAGGGUGGGGGGCGGGACCCGGCUGCAUGGCCCAUACCAGGGCCCGUCCCCACCUAGUUCCGUCUGUGGCUCUAGUGGUAAACACUUCUCCAGCCAAUUCUCACAGUAUUUUAUGAUUAACAGACCUGUAUAGAAGAGAAGGAAAGAGGAAUCACAGAAGUGGGCCAGAUAUUGUGGGAAAAGGAGUCUUGCCUAGGGGAGAGCCAAAUAUUGUAAUAUUUUUUCAGUGUUGUGUGCAUAUCAGAAUCAGGACUUCAGGAGGCAAUAACUAGGGAUGUACCGAAUACACUAUUUUGGAUUCGGCUGAACCCCCAGAUCCUUUGCGAGAGAUUCAGCCGAAUACCGAACCGAAUCCUAAUUUGCAUAUGCCAAUUAGGGGUGGGAAGGGGAAAACAUUUUUUACUUCCUUGUUUUGUGACAAAAAGUCACGUGAUUUCCCUCCCCGCCCCUAAAUUGUGUAUGCAAAUUAGGAUUUGGAUUCAGUUCAGCCGGGCAAAAGGAUUCGUCCGAAUCCUGAUGAAAAAGGCUGAAUCCCGGAUUCGGUGCAUCCCUAGUAAUAACGGCCAGACAAAUACUUUAAAUAGCAAUUACAUUUAAGAACAUUGCUGAACAUUUGUAAUGAACAUGUAUUUUAAAUGGUAACGUUACUCUAAAUUUACAUUUGCUGAUAUUGCAAAAUUGUAUUUAUUUGUUCACAACCUCCUCUUUGUUCCUAUAAACCUCAACUUCCAGCUUUUGUUUGUGCAAAAAGUAAUGUUAAAAAUACUGCAGUUCUAUAAAAUAAGGAGCUAUAUCUGUGCAAGUGCCACGCACUGAAUCCUAACUGGGCAGCAUCCCUGUGUUUCAGCCAUGUACCUCCUACACUUUGGGGCAGAUUUUUAAAACCUCAGGUUAACAUAUUUAAUCACUUUUUUUACUUUAUUAAAUAUUACGUACUGUAUAAAGGUACACCUUCCCUUAUAAUAUGUGUGACUGCUUCGUGCAUUAUGGAUUGCAAUUUCAAUAAACAAUGUGGUAUAACAUCA